AUGAGCCACCCCCUCGAUCUCGAGUGGAACCGGCGAUCAAACUUGGUCGCAGCCCUCGUCCACGGCUGCAUCGUCCGAUACGACCACCCCGCAUCCAGCGAAAGUGACGGAAAUGCCGACCAGGGUUCGUCGCUAGCGACGCAGACGCCCCCGACCGCUUCCCCCUCAGGCCCUACGUCGACAAUGCAGGACGGUUCGGAUGUGACGCAGACGUCUACCAACAGCUCCAGCAGCGGAGAUCACGCCACGUUUGGCAUCAUCACGUCCAAGUCCGCGCGGCCGACGUCGAUUGGGGUCUGGGAUAAUCGAAUUGGACCCGACGCGAAGGUGAAGGUCAAUGUCAACUGGAACGUCAUGGAAAACAAGAACUGGAUCUUGGACCGCAUCGUGAAAAACAAGGGCAUGCUUAACUACUGCGUGCGCUGGGACAGCACGGAAAAGCUCUCCAAGGCGACAGCGUCUAAAUUCCAGGCUAUGCUGGAGCCUGUCAAGGACGCUACUUUGCUGGAUUGGGAAGACGACUCACUCGGCACGAUCACCGUGGGGGACUCGACAAGGAUGGCGUACGGCAGUGCGACCAAAAGUGCUACCGCUUCUACGAUGUUGGCAUCAACGCGUGGACUGAUACUAGCGGGUGCAAGGGGACUGGCAGGUGGAUUCGGAUUCGACUGGGGCCAGGAGGUAAACCUCGAGAACAUGUUGGCGAUGCUCGACGAGGACCAACUCACAAUUGUCGCCCACGAGAUCGGUCACGGCUUCGGGCUUCCUGACUUCUAUGAGGCUACCGACAAGCCCAACGCCAAAUGGCCCAACUGCAUCAUGAUGGCCGGGAGUUCCCCAACUGUCACGGACAGUGAUGACUGGAUGCUGCGUCGUGUCCUGGAGCAUCUCAAGUCUCGCUACAAGUUCUAG